GCGUAAACUGAACUUUGUUGUCAGCAACUAACAGCUAAAGAGCUAACGUUAGCAUUUAGGCAAACCGGCAGGAGAAUAGCACAGUUUACCUGCUGAAAUAAGCCGGAAACCUGCUCUACAUUUCUGGCAGAGCAGCAGCUAACUAGUGGCUUUCGUCGGGUGUUUGAGUAAAGUAUCUGAAGAUAUGACUUCUACACUGUCUGAUCCAACACUAGAGCGACAUUUCAAGGGUCACAGGGACUCUGUGACAAGUGUGGACUUCAGCUACAGCAUGAAGCAGAUUGCCACAGGCUCCAUGGACUCCUGUGUGAUGAUCUGGAACAUGAAACCUCAGAUGCGAGCAUAUCGUUUUGAUGGCCACAAAGAUGCCGUUAAUUCAGUUCAGUUUUCUCCCUCUGGUCAUCUGGUGGUCUCUGCGUCCAGAGACAAGACUGUGCGACUUUGGGUGCCCAGCAUGAAAGCAGAGUCAACGGUUUUCAAGGCUCACACAGCCACUGUGCGCAGCGUUAAUUUUUCUGGAGAUGGACAGUCUCUGGUCACAGCCUCUGAUGAUAAGACCAUCAAAGUGUGGACUGUUCAUAGGCAGAAGUUCCUGUUCACUCUCAACCAGCACAUCAACUGGGUCCGCUGUGCCAAGUUUUCUCCUGAUGAUCGUUUGAUUGUGUCGACCAGUGAUGAUAAGACUAUAAAGCUGUGGGACAAAAACAGCAGAGAAUGCAUUCACACUUUUUAUGAACAUGCUGGGUACGCAAGCCAUGUCGACUUCCACCCCAGUGGAACAUGCAUUGCUGCAGCUAGUACAGACAACUCUGUCAAGGUGUGGGACAUCAGAUCCCACAAGAUGCUACAACACUACCAAAUCCACAGUGGUGUGGUGAACGGUUUAUCUUUCCACCCGGCUGGUAAUUUCCUCAUCACUGCAUCCAGCGAUUCCACAAUGAAGAUACUAGACCUUGUAGAGGGAAAGCUACUGUAUACACUGCAUGGGCAUCAGGGCCCAGUGACCUGUGUGGCUUUCUCCAGGGCAGGAGACUACUUUGCCUCUGGAGGCUCCGAUGAACAGGUAAUGGUGUGGAAGAGCAACUUUGACAGUGAAGAGAGUGGUGAUGCUGUCCGGCUACGACAAAAAAAUACUCUAGGUGCUCAGGUACGACAAGCCAGCUCCACGACUCACCGCCAGUUUACCUCAGAGGCAACUGUGCUUCACAGCCAGACUUCUGAAGCGGCAGAGGUGUUGAACAAACAAGACCCUCAAACAACUCCCCCCACUCAGAGCUACAGUUGCAGUGUCAACCACAGCAGGACGACCCAUUCCCACACCAACAGAAACCCCACCACCGCAUCCUCCUCCAUCCAGCAGACACAGACCCGGACUGAACCGCAGCUUUCACACCAGACUCAGGCUCAGUCUAACUCCUCAGAUGAAGGGGUACCCCCUGCUUUAGCCAGCACCCUGGAGCACAUCAUAGGUCAGCUGGAUAUUCUCACUCAGACGGUUUCAAUCUUGGAGCAGCGGCUGACGCUCACCGAAGACAAGCUCAAGGAGUGUUUGGAGAACCAGAUGGAGAUCAGUCUACAUCUGCAGAGGAGAGAGGAGGCCUAAAGAUGGCGGCAUCAGGGAGAGGUGGAUUCGGGAUGAACUCGCAUCAUAGACACAAACACACACAGUCAUCUUCCCUCUUGCGAUCUCACACAGAAACUCACACAAUCAGCAAGGAGUCGACCUGAAUCCUUUUUUUUAAAUUUUACUACUGGACUUUAAACGCACACUGAGCCUUACUGCUUAUUCCCUGUGGUUAUUUCACAGAGAUAUCACAAGUGAAGGAGUUGAAUAUUGGAGAAGUUGUGCUUCUACAACAGUGCUGAGAGCACAGUCCCUUUUCUGCUGACAAAGGACCUGCUGCCUCUGCCGUCACUCUGUGUGUGUCUGUGAAUGUGUGUUGCACAAAUGUCUCUACAAAAGUGUAGACACACGCAAGAGACUAGCUCUGUUCUGCACAUAUAUGUUUAGAGGAAGGAUGUACCCAAACAAACAAAAUGACUGGCUGGUACUGAUAUUUAAAAGC